GUAGCUGGUGAGCUGAGCCAAAUGAUUCGAAUCUCAGAAAAGAACCGGCCGGAACGCCGAUCACAGUCACCGUGCAGCGGGCAGCUCGUCGGAGUCGCGUUUGGAUGACGACGCGAGCAGAGGAGACGAGGAGAAAGCGACCCUCCAUCGUCCCCGUUGCCGUCGUAAGUCAUCGCCACGCCCGUGUAGUGUUGGACAUUGAAGCUGGAAGGUGGAGAAAUGCCCGUUGCUGUCUGGACUCGUCACACAACUGACUGAUGCAUCCUCGCUCGGCUCAGUUCAGCCCCCCCGCAUGUUGUCGAUGCUGUUGUCCUUGCAGUACAUGGUGGGUUUUUGAGAGGAACGGUAACUGGCGACCAUGCCAGGAGGCCGCAGGGGUCCCAGCAGACAGCAGCUAAGUCGCUCCUCUCUGCCGUCCCUGCAGACUCUGGUCGGAGGCAACGUCAGCAAUGGCACGGGCCUCAGGAGCAGAAGCAGUAACUCUGUGGGUCUGUCUGCUCCACCCAUUUCUGCUCUCAUCACUCCGGAGCCGGUCCGUCACUCGAGGAUCCCCGAGCUGCCGUUGGACAGCAGCUUCUUGUUUGAGUUCCUUCUCUUUCUUUACCUGUCGGUUGCUUUAUUUGUUCAAUACAUCAACAUCUACAGGGCGGUGUGGUGGUACCCCUACAGUCACCCUGCUGCCUCUACCUCGCUGAACUUUCAUCUGAUGGAUUACCACCUGGCUAUCUUCAUCACUGUUAUGUUGGCCAGGAGGCUCGUUUGGACCAUUGUAUCCAAGGUGUCUCAGAGCAGUGGAGGAUCUCUGCUCCGCUAUAUAGUACUUAUUGCAGGUCGGCUCAGCUUGCUGACCAUGUGUGGCUGGGUGCUCUGCUGGACGCUGGUCAACCUGUGCAGGAACCACUCUGUCCUUAACCUCCUGUUCCUGGGAUACCCAUUUGGCGUGUACGUCCCACUGUGCUGUUUCCAUCAGGAGGGCGGGAAAAGCCCGACGUCAGGAUCCGACUGCGAAUACCCUGCUGACCCCCAGCAGGCCAACCUCACAGAGUCCCCGUUCUUGCGGCCACGCGACUUCCUCUUCCUUUUACGAGAGAACAUCAGAGAACAGUUCUCCAGUCCCCCACACAUGCCCUCUCACGCCUGCCCACAGCAUAUACACUCGGACACACCCGAGCUGAUUCGGGGAGAAGUGGAGGAGCUGAAAAGUGAUUUUAACCGGCGCAUUAAAGAAGUGCUGUUCAACUCACUGUUCAGUGCUUACUAUGUAGCCUUCCUGCCUCUCUGCUUUGUUAAGAGUACACAGUACUAUGACAUGCGCUGGUCUUGUGAGCAUCUGAUAAUGGUGUGGAUCAACGCCUUUGUGAUGCUGAUGAGCCAACUGCUGCCACCCAGCUACUGCGACUUGCUUCAUCGCUCAGCGGCUCACCUGGGUCGCUGGCAGAAACUGGAGCAUGGUUCAUACAGCAACACACCUCAACAUGUGUGGUCGGAAAGCACUGUGUGGCCUCAGGGGGUGUUGGUACGACACAGUCGGUGUCUAUAUAAGGCUGUUGGAACCUAUAAUGUUGCUCUGCCCUCUGAUGUUUCCCAUGCAAGGUUUUAUUUCCUGUUUCAUAAGCCAUUGCGGAUCUUGAACCUGCUGAUUGGGAUCGAGUCCAGUGUGGUUUUAUACCAGCUAUACUCCCUGCUGCGCUCUGAGCGCUGGAACCACACCUUGUCCCUGGGCCUUAUCCUCCUCUGCAACUACUAUGUGCUUUUUAAACUUCUCCGAGAUCGUAUUGUGUUGGGCAAAGCCUAUUCCUACCCUCUUUCCUCCAGCAGUUCGGGGCUCAAGUCGCAGUAAAGGACAACGGGACCUCACCUACAAACUCUGGAUGUGGAGCGAGGGGUACAGACUGUGAACUCAUAACUGUGUUUUUGAUACGGUUCUAUUUUUAAUGCGAUGUUUGUAUAUGCCUAUUUAAAAGAAUAUUUUUAUUUUGUAUACUAUUUCGUGUUACACCGGGCAUUACAGCUCUGAUGACAUUAGCAUGUUGUUGCAAGACGUCAGGGAAUGCCUUGGGGUGACUUUCACCAAAGAUACUUUAAGUGCAAGCAGCCAAUCGCAGAUGGGACGUGGCCCUAAAUUGUCAGUUAAUAAAAUGAGUAACUCGAGACGAGGGGAAGGAUUUGUGCCUGAGAUCCAGAUUGUUUUUUUAGUUUUUUUAUCUGCGUCAUCCUAGAAUGUUUUCUCUGCAAGCAGCCAUUGUUUUGGAAGGCGAUGGGUUUGAUCAUUUCAGCAAUUUAUGCCAACUCUUAGAUUCUGCUCUUAAAGAAGUUUGUCAUUUUGCCCAAAUGUUCUCAAUGACAGAGUUAGAUGGGCAAGGCCACAUUUCUUUUCUGGACAAUAACUAAUUUCCUUAGUUUAUUCAAAAUAAAACUGAAGUAGACAAACAAAAUAUGACAAAUUUGUCCUUUUUGUUUUUUUUAAUUAGUAUAUGGAUGUAAUGUGGGCCAUAUUGGUGUUUUCGUGUUUUAUGUUUAUUGACUCAGUUGAUUUCGGAGCACUGGUGAUUCUAGCUAUAGGACCAUGGUUGUCUUCUUAUCUGACUAAACCACAAAACAAAAUGACAAGCUAUUUUCAAAAACAGAAUCUUACAAGGUUUUUUUGGUUUUAUGUUGUCAAUACCAUCAAAAAGAGGAAAAGUUGAGGCAAACUGAUCCAAAAGGAGUCGGUUGUAAAGUUUGACUUGAUUGAACUGCGCUGAAUGUUUGUUUCGCCUUGCUUUACAUCAGUUAUAACUGUGGCUGUUACCAAACGUAAAUAUGUCUGCAAGAUGUGGAGGUGCUCAAGAAACUGUUGGCGUUUCUAAACCCAGAGCACAUUAAAAACAAGAAUAAACACUUAUUCUUGACUUUGUUCUCACAACUCCAUAUGUUUGAGAAUACGGUACCGUCAACAGGUGUUUUAUGCAGUUCAUAAUGACAGAUGUUUGACCUCAAUUUGACAUGCUAAAUUCAACUUUCUGUUACGCUGUAGGUUUCUGUUUUAUAGGUUAAUUCUGUGAUGCUUUAACUUCUGAACGGGAGGACAAUGCAACCUAUCACUGUAACAUGUCCAGUUUAGCUUUUGUUGGGUUAGGAUGCAGAAAAAAGGGAAUGUGGUGGAUAAAAAGAGGUCUUAUUGGAUAUUCCAGUUGUCUUUUUCCACUCUAAAAAAGAAAAAGAAAAGCUGUCUUUAUCACACUCUGAUUUAAAUUUACUAGGAGUUACUGUUUUAAAGGGACGAAUGCCAAAGUGAAAUCUGGCAGGAAACACUCGUAACAUUUCCAGUUCCUAUGUGCAGUUACCAAACAGAGCUCACUUUCUUUCUUGUCUCUCGAACUCUGUCAUUGCUUUUCCAUUUGAGCUUUGUCACUACCACCUACUUUAGUUAAGAGAAAAGAAAAUACUGAAUCUUCAAUGAACCUCGAUGCAAAAUAAAAGCACCAGUUUGCUUUUUGGUGCUGAUGUUUCUCAUUUUUCACACAAAUAUAGUAAAUAUCAGCAACUUAAUAAUUCUGUUGAGGUUGCAUGUUUGUUUGGCUGAUUCCAACCAGCCUUAAGAGCAUGGCGAUAAAAAUAUAAGUUUUGAAUGUUGUGGUUCUCCUGUCUUUCACUCGCCCUUAACUGAGUAAAAUUGCUUCAAGGUUUCAGAAGCUGGAUCUGUUACUUAAAUGUAUUUUUUUUCUCCCUCUUCAAUUGGUGACUUCAAAAUAGGUCCUAAAAAGACACAAUCAGUCUAUAUGUUGACAGAAAGAUCUCGUGUUCGCCUUUUGAUCCCACUGCUGUGAAAUGUAUUUGAUCUUAUUUGAGUUUACAUAAAAUUUUAUGAAAUGAU